GUUGGCCAAUUUUUUUAAAAUUUGCUUACCGUUCUACUCAACUUUCCUGUCUAUUGCGAAAUAUCAUGCAACUUCCGGCACCUAAAAUAGAUGUGUUUCUGACCCAGUCUUUUAGGUUGUUGCUCGAAAUUAAACAUGGCGGCUUGGUAAUAUUUCACGGGCUCAGCAUAUUUUAGUUCAUCGUUCUCGCUAGCUAGAGUGAUAGCGAUAGUUAUCGUCUUGUACGAACUCUUAUAGUGUUUUUACAAGCAUUAAGUCAUGUCAUCGAGUAAUAAGUUGUUGUUUAAGUUACCUCCGCCACUUAAAGCGAAGACCACUCUCAUUACAAACGACUAUGACCUCUCGCAAAGGGUUUUAGGUGUGGGAAUUAAUGGCAAAGUUGUAGAGUGUUUUGAGAAGAAAUCAGGAAAACAAUACGCCUUAAAGGUGAGUAAAACUAACAUGAUUAACUACCAUUAACUGAGUCAACGUUGUCAGGAUUUGUUGUUCUUAGCAUUGAAAAUGCACGUUUUCUCAGGCGAUCUUAAUUGUGAUGUUGAAAAUCAAUCGUGUGGGCGAUGCGGUUAACUGAUUUUACAUACCGUAUGUUCUCCAUUUCUUUGCAUCCGAUCGUUUAUUUCUUCGCUAAUUCGUUUUCGGUGCAUUGAACGGGAACUUUGUUCGAUUCGGAUUACGUAAGUCUUGUAGUCUUUCCAUUACAUGCAGCUUGUUAAAAAACUUCAUAUUUCGGUUGUUUCCCGUCAGAUUAUUUUCACUUACAUGCAUGAAUGUAUAUAGUAACGAAAGUCACUGUCGGGUUGUUUUUCCUUAUCCAUGCAUAUGAAUUGGAACUAGAAAAUUGUGCGACUUCAGAAAUCUUCGAGAACAAGGCAGAACCCUUGUUAACAGCAAUAUAGUCUUCAUAGGAUUGAUCAGAGUAAUUGUACAUAAUGCACGUACAGUGCCACAGUGUCAAAAAAUUGCAUGCACCGUAAAAAUGAUAUCCGUCGCAUUUUUUAACAGUUUUGAGUGGGACUAAGUCCUGAAGGGUGGCCAGAACCUCUGACACAAUUUACAAAUAUUUGAAUCUGGCGAUUCUUGUGUGCAAAUUUCGGUAAAAUUUCCGCACAGCCCCAUACUACAUUAUGCAUUCAGUUCUUGGAUAGAGAAAACAAUGUCAAAAAACAGUAGAUUGCAAUUGGGAAAACAGAUUUGUUUUACAAUAGUAUGGGACUGUGCAAAAAUUUUACCCGAAUUUCUUAUAAUUAUUUGCAAGAUGUCAUUUUAUUUAAUCUACACUGGUAUGCUCUUGAACUAGUUUAAAGUUAACUUGACCUACAUCGGUCCUCAAGCUUUGUGCUAUUUUCUCAAGUUCAUGUAGCUUCUAGUUAAUGAGUAUAAAGCUAUUUAAUAUUCUCAUUAGAUGGAUAUUAUAUAGUCAUUGAAAUAUACGAUAUAAGUAUAUUGAAGUAUAAAUAUCAAAAUACAGCUGCAUUUGGUUGAAUGAUAUAGGUAAGAUGUGAUUUUUUUACGUAAGACAGGAACAGGGAAAGGUGGUGCAGGGUGUGAAAUUGAUUUUUUUUUUUCUGAUAGCCACUUGGCUCCUAAAUUAUUCAAAGUGGUAGCCAAUUCAAAAAAAGUUGGUCGCCAUUUUCAAAGACAAACAAACCCUUUUUUUACUCUGUCAUUGUUCUAGAAAUUAAGUUAAGUUAACGUGCUACAAAGUUGACAAUAGAAUGGAUGAUAUGCAACGUUCAAGCUCACCUAAAUCCAUCCUAAAUCUAGUUAUCGAUUGAGAUGCAUGUGUUGUUUUGGAAACAAACUUAAUGAGGAAGUUUGCCGCGGAUUUAUCUUUGCAAAUCUUUUUAAUUUACUAUAUCUCUAGAUAAGGUUAUGAUGAAACAUUCUAGUUGCCAAUUUGGUAACUAAUUUUCAGGAUUUGGUCGCCAAAGUAAAAAAUUUAGUCGUAUUGGUGCCUGUGUUAGGCGCAAUUUCAUGCCCUGGUGGUUGUGUACUCACCUUUAUAAGAUGGUUACCUCCACAAACUGAUAUAAUUGUUCUUGUCAUUCCCUGCUGUUUUACUAUGACAGUACUUUUCACUGGGUUUUCUGAAUACAACCAAAAUGAACUGAUUAGUCAUUACAGGAAAUGAACAAUGAUUCCAGCAACCAGUUGUUUUAUUGGCACCCAUCAAUGCUAAGGAUUGUGUAUGUGUCAUGCCUGCAUAUUUGGGCAGUAUAUGUUGUGUGUGCUUUUUGUUGUCACUUAUUUCUCAGAGUUAACUGUUGAAUAAAAAACCAAUGGCUAGAUAGUUUCUCAAUAAUUUUGAUUAUUUGGUAACAUGACUUUGUAUCAUUCAAUUGUUUGUAAACAUGCUGGUAAGUAAAAUGGGACUCCUGCUUCAUGGUUGUCAAUCAUUCAUCAUUACAAACCAAAUUGUUCUCCAUUCAGUGCUAUUGCCAUUACCUAUUAUCUUUAUUGCGAUGAAAUAUCUGUUUCCUUGUUUGCUUGUCACAAGAAGUUCGUAUUCUUGUUACCUGUUUGCUGGAUAGACACCUUUUUUGACCUUGGUUGCCAGUUCUGAAAUUUUUUAUCAGAAUUCACUCUCGGAUAAGCUGUGUUCAAUUGUUAUGAGGAUAUAAAUUUCAAUUCUGCAUGAUUAUCUACAUUUUAUCAAAACUCUAACUAGUCUUUUGAUAUUUUGAAGGUUCUACAAGACAAUGCAAAAGCUCGGCGUGAGGUGGAACUUCAUUGGAAGGCAACAGGAUGCCCCUAUAUUGUUGGUAUCAAGGAUGUUUAUGAAAACAAAUAUGCCAGGAGUGAUUGCUUACUGGUCAUCAUGGAAUGGUAAUUUUUUUCAUUUCAAGGAUCAAAAUUGAAGAAUUCCAAACCCUUAAGAUAUUAGAGACUUUGAAACUUUUGCUUUUUUUAGAAGAUGUCCUAAAAGUUUUUUUUCUAAAUUGAUAGAUACUAGUAUGCUAAUUGGUGGUUUGAAUGCAUAUUGCUUAUAUAUAAAGGUUUCUUUCUUUCUUUAUUUAUUUUAGUAAGGAGGCCUCCUUGAUAUAAGCCUCAUGGUUUCUGGGGGACCCCUUGCCAUCUAUUAAAAAUUUGUUUUUAAAAAAGUAAAAAGUACUGUAAACUUAUUAAUUUUGUGAUAUAAACACCUUUCUUUUUAGGAAUGGCGAAUAGGAUUUGUAUUGUAUUGUAUAACUUUUGGUAAUCAUUAUUUUGUUUUGUGGCAGUUUUCAAAUUUGAGGACUUAACUGUUGACCAUUGUUAGAGUUCCUUUGCUGAGUGGGUAAAAACUAAAUGACACUCACACAUAUGUGAUGAGUGUAUUUCUACAAAACAGCAGGCAACCUUCUUUCUCUUAUUAGGCUACUGAGCAAAGCAUCAGAUAACAAAUACAGUCUUUUUAAUUAACCCAAUUGGGCCAUAAUUUUUAUGAUAUCAAGCCAAUUUUGCAAAGUUAUUUUGUUAUCUGAGAAUUGGAAACUUAAAUGAAAAAUUGAAUCAGAAAAUUUGAAUUGAAGUCAAAGGUUGAAGGUUUUUAAAAUUUAUUUGGAUUUUUUGCUAAUUAUUUCGGUGGCCUAAUUAUACACAUAUGUAUGAAAGUCAUCCCAAGGAGACAUUGUUGCAAUUUUAAAAUACAGUGUUCCUCAAAUGAAAGGAAAAUUCACAGUUUGAUGGCUCUCUGCUUGAUAAGCCUUCACAUAUGCAUACGAUGUGAGAGGAUUUGAGCAACUCAGCCUCCUGAUUUGCAUUUUCACACUGAAUAAUUGUUUUCUUGUAGCAUGACUGGUGGAGAGCUGUUUGAGAGAAUUCAACAGAAGGGCGAUUCUCCGUUUACCGAGAGAGGUAGGUGUGACAAAGUGCAGAUUUAUUGGUGAUUUCAUGCUACAGGAAAGAAUAAGUCACAGCAUCAGUGUUCUUAAAACUACAAAUUGUUGUAAGUUGAAAGUGCUGAUAGUGUACAAUUUAUUGAGAUGUUUCCCACUUGCUUUUUCAGAGGCAGCUGCCAUUGUGCGGCAGGUCACCAUAGCCAUUGCUCAUCUUCACUCACUUAACAUCGCGCAUCGGGACCUGAAGGUACAGUGUACCAUAAUAUGUACUGAUCUAACAUUUAACAUAAAGCAUAUUGUGAAUAACACACUUUGAACCCCAUUGGAAUUCACUUCAUUUAUACUUUUUUUUUUUUUUACAGCCUGAGAACUUGUUGUAUUUAGAUCGAACUGACAAUGCUCUGCUCAAGCUGACAGAUUUUGGUUUUGCCAAGGAAACAACAACUGGCUUGGAUCUUAAAACUCCUUGUUACACUCCUUACUAUGUUGGUAAGUUUGAUCCCUAAAAGCCCUGAACAUCCUCGUACUGAACUUCCAUGAGUGACCAAGACGGAAUUUGUCCUUAUCAAGGAGACAAGUGAUGAGAAAAAGAAAAAUAUAAAUUAAGGGAUUUUUAUUAUCCAAUUCAAAAUUCUCCUUACUAACAUCAUAAGAAUUUUAUGGCAGGCCAGUUGGGAGAAUUACUAAUAAGAUCUUAAGAGUGAAAGGGUUAAUAUCAUAGAUUAUUUGUGUUCCUUGGCAGUAUUUUCAUCUAAAAGUUUAAAUCCGGUCACUUCAUAAUUUACAAAGUCUUGACUUGAUGUACAAUUAUAUGCAUGUAGCCAGUGCACUGUUUAUGACUUUCCAAGUUUACUAUCGGUAAGCAACAAUAAUGUUGUGAGAGAGAUUAAGAAGUAGCUUCACUUCGGCCAAAAACGAACAGAACGUGUUUUCUGCCUUUCCACUGUUUUUUUGCCAAUUAAUUGAAUUUAAACUCGUUCUGUUCAGAAGGGAAAUCAAUAGUAUCGCGAGAAAGAUUUCGGUAUAACCCCAUGCUUCAUUGUACGUGACCGUGAAAGCAGUUAUGCAGUUAUUUCAUUAAUGAAAACAAUGGUGGACGUGACAGUUAACCUUUUGGACUUAUGCUUUGCUUGAGAAUAGUAUGCGGUUAAAUGGAAAUCUUUCGUCUCGUCUCAAGAAGCCAGUUCCUUGCCUCGGGGGAGAAAAAUUUAAUAGCUGUGAGCAUCUUCAACUUCUGAGUAUUGUCACAGACAUAAAACGUGGGAUACUGUUAAUUUACAUGUAAGUAAGGGCACAAUUAGCGACUACUAAUUUUCACUUUUCUUGGUCCACCACAUUCAGCACCUGAAGUGUUAGGCCCAGAGAGUUAUGACAAGAUGUGUGAUUUGUGGUCAUUGGGAGUCAUUAUGUACAUUCUGUAAGUAUUUUUUAGAUGAAUUUUUCUCUGGAUAUGAUAGCUUAUGCUAAUACAGUUUGAAACAGGAAAAAGAUUUCGAAUUAUUAUAAAAUUGAAUCACAAUAUAUGCUUUUAAUUUCGUUUGAGAUAUUGCGACAUCCAUUGAUGUACACGUACAUGAAAGGUUGCGCCUAAUUAAGUUUGUCUGUCUUUUGUUUAUUUGUAGCCUUUGUGGGUUUCCGCCUUUCUAUAGCAAUCACGGAGCAGCCAUUUCUCCUGGAAUGCGGAAGCGGAUUAGACAAGGCCAGUAUGACUUCCCUAACCCAGAGUGGAGCAGGGUGUCUACACAAGGUAUGGAUGGGAAUAACGUUUUACUCACCCGUUUUUCCUUUUCUUUUAAAAAGCCCUCAUCGAAGACUAGAACAUUCGAGAAUAGCUGUUUAGUAUAGUUACGUAAUGCUUAACUAGCCAAGAAUACCAGACACCUUAACCACCCCUCCCCACCUUAUGAGGAUCAUCGCUCCAGUCAGGCCCUCACUGUUACGGUCUAUUACCACUGAGCACGAGCGUUUCUUUUUUCGCGGGAAAGUAUGAGUCUUUGAGCAACGCGAAUGAGAGGUCUGCUAGGGGUCUGGCACUGAAAACUCUCCCCGGCGCGUCUCAAAACUUCCCGCGGGCGGAAAAGACGCGCGUUCUGCAGCGUAUAUAAUCAGCACUUGCUUGCAAGCUGGUCCAAUGUAUGUUACGUUGUUACAUAUAGGGUUGGGAAACUGUUUUUUAAAGCAAAUCAGGAAAGCCAUUUAAUAAAUAAAAAAAAAUUCUUUAAGGUUUUAAAUUUGAAAAACGAAAUAAGCACACUACUUGGAGUCAGAGCUCUCCUAGUAACUUUCGCGAAAUUCAAGUUAACGUUAUAAAUGUGUCAUAGUCGUUAUUUACUUUUUAAAUGUGUGAACAAUUUUUUUGCAACAGCUAAGGAAUUGAUAAGAGGCCUUCUAAGGACAGAUCCGCAGAACAGGUUCACUGUGGAGCAAGUUAUGAACAAUCCUUGGAUUAAGGUAUGUUAAGAAGACUACUUUUAUGCGAUGGAAACUCGUCUGUUUUGCUCUGACUUUGUGCCCUUUUCUCUCAAAGUGAGUCACCCAGGGCCUGGGUAACCUGCCGGCAUAUCAAUUAAUGAUGUGAACUUCUUUACAGCAAUAAUACAUCUAAGACAAGAAAUUAUAAUCUCUAGAUCUAAGACUGUUUCCCCUCCUACUUCGUCGGCUCACACCAUUAUUUACAACUAAGCGAGGAAGGGCAAAGCAAGUGUGCAAGAACGCUUACUUGAUCUGAGAGGAAAUUUUGCGUCUUUUGCCUAGCGACUUAGAGUUGCAUGAUGGCUUUCGCUAAACCUUCAUGUACACGAUACUUCAGUGCUGAGACAUUUCAUCAACUCGAGUAGCGACGUAAAGUUGUAAUUUCGAAGUCAUCGUUUCGGUUUUUUUUUUCUUAAAAAUACGCUCGAGAGUUUCCAAUGACUUGCAGACAACUGAUUUCACUUAAUUUUUAAGAUUUAUUUUUUUUGUUUCUACAGGCUUACACAGAGGUUCCAUCCACACCACUGCACACGGCAGCUGUUUUGAGAGAAGAGGAAGAAAACUGGCAAGAUGUCAAGGUAAGGAGUUCUUUGUCAUGUGAAGAAGUUCUUUAUCUCAACCGAUAGUAAUACUUCAUGGGUGAACUUUGCGUGACAGCCAUAAAAGCCAUGACCAGUACGAAAUGCAUUUGGAGUGGUAUAGAGUCGUAGUGUUAGACAAUUCCCCACUACAAUUUCUUGGUGUUAUCGAUAGCCUUAAUAACAAGAGUAAAUUUUGGUAAUUGAUGAAAUUUGAUCUACGAGGAUUUUGAGAUGUGGCGAUUGUUCUUCGCGUAACAUCACCCAACGGAGAUGAACGAGGGAACUAGAGUGGUUUGAGUCCUGUCUUCCUUUUCUUGUGUCCUAAUUCAAUAAUAGGUGUCCAAGUUGUCAAUGAAACUAUCAGUCUACCUAAACAGCAUCUAGUCUUGCAUUCACGAAUGAGUUCUAUUUUCUGUUUUUCAGGAUGAGAUGACAAAUGCCUUAGCCUCCAUGAGAUUUGAGCCUGACAAGGUGACCAAGCUAAAAGAUGUUGGCAAGUCAAGUAACGCAUUGUUAAAACGAAGAAAGAAGUGAUCUUCAACACGGAAGGAAUGCACAGUUCAUGUAAAAACUAGUUCCAUUUGGAAGAAACAGAUGUCUAAUAAAGGUCGCCUGUUUUCCUUUUAAAUUCGCGCCGAAAAUAUUCCCAAAAAACACACUUAUGACAUUGCUUCGUAAAUUGUUGUGUUAUAUCUGUGAUUGAUCGUUGCUAAGUUACUUUUCUUGUUUUUAACCAAUUAGCGAUGACGGGAAAGACGAGCAUGCAACGAGAGGUCAGCGGUUGAGCGAAUGUUCUUUUUCAGAGAGGUAGAGAGCAGAAGUAUCGCUGCCUCUGUUGAUUUAAUUGCUGUGUUCAACUCAACCUCUAGCUUUGCUGAUUUUCAUUUCACCAGUUUAUGAUUACUUUCUGAGAAAAAGGAGCGAAAUAAAAAAGAAAGAAAUAAGAAAGAAACGAAAAGAAAAACUAUAAGCUUUUUAUCUGCACCAACUGGUAUGAACCGGAAGUGUAUCGUCAAACCUGACUUAGUUAUCUCUUUUAAACACUCUUCAUUACUUCACUCGUUUCCUCUCCUUCAGAAAAAAUUAAGCGAAACGCUGUUAAUAUAAUUGCAUCUCAUUCAUUUAAUUUACAAUCCUGGUCGAGAGUCCAUUCGGUACGUACUCAAUACAUUACCUAUACAUAUUUAUGCGCUGUUAGGGCCCUAACAAUGGUUACACUCCCUCCCUUUCCAGAACCAAUGUUGUCAGCGAUCAAAGAGGAUAAAAUCAAUAUUGUCCGGGGGAAGGAGGGGAGGAAAAUGACCUGAUAAAGACGCGUUAUUUUCCCUUGCGUUUGUGUAGUGUCCGAAGACUCUUGGCCAUGAUUGAAUUUUUUUUUUGUAACUAUUACUUAAUGAUGUUGAAAGAAAUGAAUAUUUAUAUAUUUAGGAAGGGUGCUUUAAUUGGUAAAAUUCGUAAUGUUUUGCCUUUUCGGUCUAUCGAUAGCAAAUUGUCCCAUUUCAUCCAGUUAUCAUAAUUCAACAGAAUCCAGACUUGAUGUUUUGUUAAUCAGCAUGUUGCACGCUUGCCCGAUAUUUGUGGGUGUUUUCCCUGAAUACAGUUAAAGAAAAAACUGAAAGGAAAGGCAUUGAAGCUUUAUUAACAUCAGUUGUCAUCACGAAGAAUUUUUAGAAGUUAAGUUCUUUAUCUCAGUCUUUCCACCCUAAUAUCAGUAAACGUAUUCUUCAUACUGUUUUCGAUACAUUUACAUAAGAUGCCAGUCGCUAUUACGGGCAAAAGGGUUAAUUAAAAAAAUGGAAUUGAACUGAUCAAAAUGAUUCGCAGAACCGAAUAUUUAUCACUUUUAAUGAAAGUGACCUGCUGUGAACAGAUUUCUGACACCUAUGCGAGUGAACUUUUUCUGAGCACACUUCAAAUACACCGAAAAUAACUUGUACAUAGUUGUUAACUAAGACUAUGGUAGAGUGGCAGCUUCCUACUCGUGCACCAACUUUUGUGAAACUCUAACACCCAAGAUCUGAAUUUUAAUUCUCCCUUCUAGCUGCUACACAUUUUCCUAUGGAUUAGUUAUGAGAAUUUGUUGUCAGAUCAUGAUAGAAACCCCUACCAGCUAAGUUGGAACACAAGUUGAUCAUUUCUGGGGGUAAAGGAGUUGAUUAGAUAAUAUAUCAGGGACCUUAAGCAAACCACAACGGCGACGACAACGAGGACCAGGCAAAACAAAAGAUCUAAUGUGCAGAAAAAUAGCUUAGCACGUGCGUUUUAAAACUGUGUACAUUUCUUAGCCGUCCUCUGAAAACAACAACGUGAAAACACCAAAUGCACCAAAUGUUGCGUCGUCUCCGUGCGGAAACCGCGACGGGAAAUUAUUUUUAUUUCCAUUUGGAACUCAACGCUGCUUAUUUGCGUAUGCUGAAGUUGAAGUGUGGCGCCGUAAGGGACGCGUGUGGCCAUUUCCGAAAUUCUAGCUUAAAAACUGAAAUUCAUUUUUUUAUCGACGUCAUCCAUAGCGUUGCCGUCAUGACUGAUUAAAGUCCCUUUUGAUGAAUGGCUUAAUACUUUUCUUGAACCUGCAUAAAAGCCUAUUAAAGGCAUUGAAAAAACUCAUUAUCAGUGAUUUGACCGCACUUUUAACUGUAAUUUGUGUUUUAGUAGUUUUGUUUUUCGAAGCUUUCUGUUUGAUGAGUUAAAUUGCAGUGCACC